AUGUCUUUGAACCAUAGCACCGUGGAUGAUGUCGUUUACGAGGAUCAAGUCAGUCCAGUGGUUUACGUGGGUGCCGCGAUCGCGUUGGGAUUUAUCGGAUUCUUCGGGUUCACCAUGAAUCUCCUGGUAGCGGUGGUGAUCGUCAAGGACGCGCAGUUACUCUGGACUCCUGUGAACGUGAUCCUGGUUAAUCUCGUUGUCGGUGACUUCAUGGUGGCCGCGUUUGGAAAUCCAGUCGCUAUGGUUUCCGCCAUCACAGGUGGAUGGUACUGGGGCUACAAAGUGUGUCUCUGGUAUGCCUGGUUCAUGUCCACUCUGGGGUUCGCCAGUAUCGGGAAUUUAACAGUGAUGGCGGUGGAGAGGUGGCUGCUGGUGGCCAGGCCGAUGAAAGCCUUGUCCAUAAGGCAUGCAGUUAUAUUAGGAUUCUUCGUUUGGAUCUACGCGCUUUGCCUCUCCCUGCCGCCAUUGUUCGGCUGGGGUAGUUAUGGCCCAGAGGCAGGGAACGUGUCCUGCAGCGUGUCAUGGGAAGUCCACGAUCCUGCUACCAAAAGCGACAGCUACAUCGGGUUCCUCUUCUUGUUUGGCCUGGUCGUUCCAGUCUUAGUAAUUACCAGCAGUUACGUAGCGAUUAUUCUGACUUUAAGGAAAGUCAGGAAGAGAGCAGGUGCGAGCGGAAGACGCGAGGCGAAGAUUACAAAGAUGGUGGCAUUAAUGGUGAUGGCCUUCCUGCUCGCCUGGUCGCCAUAUGCAGCCCUGGCGCUCGCCGCGCAAUAUUUUAACGUGAAGCCGUCAGCAUCGGUGGCGGUGCUACCAGCUCUACUGGCCAAGUCAUCCAUCUGCUACAACCCCAUAAUCUACGCAGGCUUGAACAACCAGUUCCCGCGAUCUCUGAAGAAGAUCUUCGACAUGAGAACUUCGAGGACCACGGUACCAGACAGUCAGAACACCGCGUUGACGCUGAUGAAUAGACAGGAGCAACGAAACUGA